UGAUUUAAAUUUUCUUACAAAUAGAUUGAAUGAUUCAAUACUAAAUCCAGGUUGUUGUUGUUUUGGCAGGAGUUUCUAGGGACACAUAGAGCUGUAUUUUCAACAGAAAUAUGAAAUCCUGAAACUUGUCGUGUGUUUACAAAGGGAGAGGUAUGGAUUAAAGCUUUAUCAACCGCACCAACCACAAACACAGCGCUCACAAAACCUAAUCUUUCAGGACUGACAAGCUUUAAUGAUUCAUUUGUUUUCCUAAUUACUAACGUUUUUAUUAAGUUAUGUGUGUUUAGUUAUAUUUGACUUUAUGAAUUAGCAUUUCUUUUCAUAAAUAGUCAGAAGUCAGGGUGUGGACGUGAUGUAUUUUGUUUUGUACUUUGCAUGAGUGUCCUGCAGCUUUACAAGCGCUGCAUCCAGGACAGAGCAGGACUGGACCAGAAUGAUUGCUUUCUUGGGGCAUUUUACCCCUGCCAGCUGAGGUCAGAGGUCAUUCACAGGAUCGGCUGCUUCCAGUGCGGCUGAAAGCAGAAAACCCGUUAUGCGCAAGAGGCAAAACUGUGCCAUGCAUGCUGCCUUCCUGACCAGACUCGGCUCGAGGGAGACGGACCCCGGUCUGAGGACAGCUCAGUUCCACAUGGACCUCUGGUCUUAUUUCACCCUCCAGAACUGGCUGCUGGACUUCAGCAGGCCUUUAGCCGUGCUCUUUUGUCCUUUGGAGUGGUUUCCUUUGAAUAAACCCAGUCCCUGUGACUAUUUCCACCUGCUGUACAACAUCACAACACCCUUCCUGCUGCUCAAGGAGUUUGGAGCUCAUACUAUCCUGUAUUUCACUGGCUGUUUCACUAUUGUCAAAUCAGAGCAGACGAUGCCCAUCUCCGCUUGGCUUCUGCUGGGUCCUAGUGGCCUUUACUACUGGUAUCUCGUGACAGAAGGACAGUUUUUCAUCCCGUUCAUUUUCACUUUCUUUGCCAUGAUGGCUACAGUGGUGCACCAGAAGCGCAAAGGUUUUCUGCCGGACGGUAACGGACUCUUCCUGCUCUACAGCUUUUCUCUGUCUCUUGUGUUAAUGAGCAUCUGGGUCGCCUGUCUGUGGAACGACAAGGUGUUACGCAGGAAAUAUCCAGGAGUGAUGUAUAUACCAGAGCCGUGGGCCAUUUACACACUGCACCUCAGAGAUAAACAGACUGACCCUUCACUCCACGAUACAGUCCAAGACACUCACUGCAGAUCAAUAUGGCUGCUUUUAUCAAUGAGACUUGCAUUGCAACAAUAA